AACGAAAUGAACGCAUUUAUUCUUACCGUAACAAUAUUUUUGAUUUUGCAAAUGUGCUUUGCUCAAGAGGAGACCAAAAAACAACAGAAAAGAAUGGUAUGCACCAUGGUAGACGCAGACGAAAAAAAUCCCAUUCAUAUCGAUAAAACAGGGGAUGAAGGACUAAAAGUGAUACCUUUCAAAUUUUCUGGUGCAGCAAGCAUAUUGCAGUCGGCAAUGCCGUUUUUAAAAAACAUACCAAGAGUGGAUUCUCCAGAUGAAAUACCACCUCUAAAUAUACAAACGGACAGGCAAAAUAUAUCCAUGACCUGCGAUGUUGUCAGCAAUGCCGUCAAUGAGCAGAUAAAGACUCUGGAAGAUAAAGUAGAGAAGCUCAACAAGCUUGUGGAAGGAAUUGAAGACAGAUCAGUCUGUCCUGGCGGAGUAACAUACUUAGAUCGUUGCUUCCGACUCAUGGAAAUACGAGGGAAGGAAUUUUCACGACCGAAAUCAGAAGAUCUCUGCAAUUUCAACGGCGGCGUAUUAGCUAAACUCGAUAGUCCGCUAGUAUAUGCUAGGAUACUAAGUUACGUUCAUGAUAAAUUCCAAGAUCCGAAAUACGGUAACAGAAAAGUGAUUAUCGCUUGGACGGGGAUGACUUAUCAUCUGGCUACCACCACGAUACCAGGUCUUGGGCCCUUCUCCUUACCCGAUGCACCGGAUACAAAAAAACUAAACGAAGCAAACAAGUAUUUGACUUGGAUAAAAGGCCAUCCAAAAGAAUCACUAAAAUAUGACCAAAUUGCAAUACAACUUCGAUUUCGGGAUCCAACUCGACAGAAAUUAGUCGAAAUGGGGGCAAUGACCUUGAACAAAUGGAGACGUGCUAUACCGUUGUGUCAAUUUCAAAUGAAAGAUUGGCAAGAUUCAGAUUCGACAUCGGCAAGGUUAUUCCGGUUUAAUUUCUAAAAAAACUUUCUACAACAUAUAUAUAUGGGAAUAUGAAUAUGAUUAUUUUGGGAUAAAUCGAGGAACAAAAUAUUCUUUUAAAACAAAUUCAACGUAAUUAUAUUGAAUUCGACAAUCAUCAACAAUUCAACAUUUAAUAAUGAAACUUAUAUAUAUAUAUUUAAUAUAACUGUGUAAGCGUUUAAUUAUUUUUUGAAAGCGAUCAUUAAUUUGGAAAUUUGACAAACCGACAAAUACGUUCCAGUCAAUAACUAAAAGUGUGAAAUAGUGAUAACGUACGUUAGUCACUUCAUCCAAUAUUUAGAAGUUGAACACAUUUAUCAAGCAAUUUUCAAAACAAGGAAAUCACAUCUAUACAACAAACGUUCCUAGUGUGUUAUUGGAUUGUUUUAAUUUCUUCAUUUUUCAUCUUGAAAUAUUUUUCGAUUUUCUUUCAUUUUUUUAUAUUUCUGUUAAUUAUUAGGUUACUCAUUGACACUUUAAAAAUACCAAUCUCGUAAUUAACUUAUUUUCUUUGUAAAAGAUUGAAUAUUUACAGGAGUUAUGAUGGAAGUUUUCCCACAUAUUCUCAGUAUUUUCCAAGUCCGAGAAUUUUAUCGAUGUACAUAAACAGAUUGAUGAAUUUUUCAAUCGUUUAUCGCGAAGUGUCAAUAGAAACUAUUCCAAGAAUUUCAACAAGAGCUAUUUCGAUAUAAUAAUCGUCCACAUAUCAUGGUGUGUUUAUGUUGAAAACUAACAAUCACCCUUGCUGCAGUUAUCUUGGAACAAAAGUCUCAUCGAAUGGAUUAAUCUCCUCCCAAAGUACAUGUUCACCAAAUUUGUGGCUUCUUUUCGGCUCGAUAUAGAGUCAAAGUUUAAGAUAUAAACAUGCAAAGAUGUGUUUCGACGAGGGUUCGGUAUUUUCGCAAAUGAUAUGUUGAAGUCAAUAACUUGAAAAAUGAACACUAGUUUGCUGCUUUUAGCGGCGCUGUUUCACUCCAGCUCCUCGUCUUGAUUUUUCAUAUUUUUAUGUUUUUUGUGAUUCAGGACCAGUUUUAUAUAUAAUGUUUACCUAAUUGACAGUACACGCUUUUCAAAUCUGUCCCAAAAUUUGAACUUCCUGCCUAAAUAACAGUCCAUUGGCCAAGUAUGGAGGAAGCCAUUAAAGAGAAAAUUCUUAAAAUAUCCAACAUUAUUCUGAGUGAUGAUAUUUGCUUCUAUAUUUGUGUAUUCAAAUUUGUGAAUGCACAAACAUAUAUAUAUAUCAAAUGGUAUUCAUUGAAAACUCAAGGAAAGACAUAUUCAACGAGAAUAUCUACUUAUUUAUACUUACCGUCUCAAGACAUGUUGCAUAAAACAAAAAAUGAUAGAAGAUUUCGGCGGUUUCUGUAUUCUUAACAACUUGCACUGAUAAAACAUUUGUCAAGCAGAAUUAAACGGUUUAGUGUGCUCGUUCCACAGAUUUGCAUAUUAUGCAUGACGAUUAUGCUAAUGAUAUAUGAAAGCUUUUUAUGCAAAUGAAUCUAAAUUCGAAAAUUUGCUUGGAAGAGAAUAUAAUAUUCUUUAUAUAUUUUUGAUUAUCAUUAAAAGCAAGCGCUGGGUAAAUAAAUAUUCUAUUAUUCUUUCAAAAUCGAAUUUUUGCACUUAUUUGACAGGAACACCUUUAUCAAUGUACAAAAUGCAUCUACAAUCUUAUGUUUCACUUUAAAAUUAAAUUGACUUAAAUUUGUUACACUGUGUCCACAAUGAUCACCUGUCAAAGAUUUUUAUUAUUAUUAGCAAUUUAUAAAUUGGGAAAAAAUGGGUGAAUGAAUUUUCAGUUAUUACCUUUUUUACAAGUCGUCCUAACAGAUUUAAAAGGUUAUCAGUGUGCCCUUAUAAAAAUUGAAUA